AUGAUCUGUUUCCCUGUCCUUCUAUUGGUGCUCUAUGUGGCUGUAAAUGCUCAGGACUGCCCAACUAUCAUAAGCCGGUCACAGUGGGGAGGCAAGACGCCCACAUGCAAGAAGUUGUCUACUCCGGUAGCAAACGUCAUCAUCCACCACACUGAUGGAGCCUACUGUAACUCCAAAGCUACAUGCAGCACCCAAUGCAAGAAUAUACAGCAUUAUCACAUGAAAACCAGAGACUUUUGUGACAUCGGAUACAACUUCCUCAUUGGAGAAGACGGAAAUGUGUAUGAAGGUUCUGGCUGGUCAACUAAAGGAAGUCAUACCAAAAGCUAUAACGACAUCGCCAUUGGUAUCAGCUUUAUAGGCAAAUUCACCAGUCGUGAGCCUAACACUGCAGCUCUGAAUGCAGCCAAAAAACUUAUCGCCUGUGGGGUGGCCAGAAACUUCAUCCGGAGCAAUUACGUGCUAAGGGGACACCGAAACGUCGGGAAAACAGAGUGCCCUGGAAACAGCCUCUACAAGGUCAUCCAAGGAUGGCCCGGCUUUAAAGCUUAG